AUGGCCUACAAGCAAUGGAUUUGUAUCAAGAUUCGAAAUCGCAUGCACAAGAGUGAUAUUCGAGUCAGAGAUGCCAGGCUCGAGUCCGCAGCCUUCCUUCUGACCCAAUUGAACCGCUCCAGUGGCAAAUUCUACAAGGGUAGCAAAGACAACGAGAUCAACGCCGAUGAGGUCGACAAGCUCGUCAUCCCGCCUCAGGGGCAGGGAAUCAUAUGUUCGUGCGGGCGGUCGGACGCCGCCAUCGGCACCGAGGGAUAUGUGACCUUGUACGAGUGGGACGGCGAGCAUGAGACAAAAAUCUGCCGGGUCUACUGGAGCGCGCCGUGGGGUGCGUACAGCAACAUCUUCGACAUCCAGGAGUGGGAUCCUAGCACGUCUGAAUACUCCAUUAGUCAUGACCCGGUGCCUCAGGACGGGACCAUUGGGAACAUGGAGCUUGUGAUUGCCAAGUUGGCCUGA